GGGCGGUUUAACUCGUGGGACGAGGAGGAGGAGGAGGGGGGGCGGCACUGUGCAACUUGUUGGACGGGACUUGAUGCUCGCAUUCAAACAGAAGCCAAGGAAAGAACUGAUCUCGAAGGCCGCUGGGAAUAAAGAGGACACUUCCUGAAGAUUCGCCUUGUUCGGCAAGAGAAGUUGCACACAGGGAAGUGAUUACAAAAGGCUGAAAAGUCAGAGAACAACAGGGGGGAAGAAAAGAGGCGAAAAGCAGGGCCGUCACUUCCAGGAGACGAGUCAAGGGAGCUGUUAAUGCAACAUGAUCCACUGGGUCUUGCCCUAAAAAUACCUCUGGGCAGGAAGAGUGGUAGCUGUCUCUAUCUGCCUAAUUACCUGGUAAUCAACUAUUUAUUUUUCUGCUUCGGACAACAACGGAGGUCAAAGAACAGUGAUUUGAUGAUAAUUUAUCCAUGGCAGAUCGUGUUUCUAUAUACUUUAAUUCAGCCUUCCAAAUAAAAUAAACUUACUGAGUAUCUUAAAUUUAAAAAAAUUUGAUAUAACUGUAGUUUAUAUGUAAAGCCUGCUCAUAGACUCUAAUGCGCUCACUGGAUGUUGGUUUAGAUUACUGAGUGAGGUCCCAGUCUGUGCUACAGGCGCACAGUCCACACACACACAGUCACAGAAUCCAUUGCAGGAUCCACCGAAUCGGUUCAACCAUGAGAAAAGCCGAGGUGCAAAUGACCCUGAAAAAGGGGGCAGAUAAAGCAGCGGCCCCCCGUAGCCCCAUCAUCCCCCCGAAGCGGUCCAAAGUGAGUCCGGUGCAAAUUGAACCUCCGGGACCCGGUUAUGCCACCCAGUCUCCCCCGGUUUUUACGCGCAAGAUGAGGAACGCCGCCGUGGGGACCGGCUGUGACAUCCGUCUGAAGGUGACUGUGGCCGGAGACCCCCAGCCCUCCCUGUACUGGUACCACAACGACGAACUCCUCAACAUGGAGAACCAGGAGUACGGAGGGCUCUGGAUUAGGGACUGCAAGCCCAGUGACGCGGGCCUCUACACCUGCAUUGCCAACAAUCACGUGGGAGAUGCUCGGAGCAGCGCGGUGCUGGCUGUUUUGGAUCUCGGUGAAGAUUCCGAUACAGAGGAUGAAGGUGAGCAAUUUGAGACCAAAGAAGACAGCGGGGAUGUUGAGGACCAGGCUGUGCAUACAGUGAUGGACAAAUGUGCAGAAGAUGACAGUAGAACACAUGGACGUGAGGAUCACUCUAACACAACCAGGAGCCCGUCAGAGAACUUUUCAAGAGAAUCUCCGCCACAAGCCCUCCCACCCCCAUCCCCAAGGCUCGUCAAACGUCCCUCCACCUCUCCAAUGCCAAGUCGCUCCGGUUCAACGACACCUCUCAGCUUGCGUAAAAAAAUUGUUGCGCAAACUGAUUACCAAGACACAGUGCCUGGGGAGUUUGAAGAAAAGGUCAGGCAGCCCAAAUCCGUCACCCAAGGUAACACCCAGGACUCCCGACCACAGACUCCACUGAGCGAGUACUCCCGGAAAGAAUUUACCCUCAGACCAUCCCCAAAGCUUACCAGGGCAAGCUCAAAGGUUUUUGAGAAGGUUCGUGGAUUAGAAGAGCGGAGACGGAGCCUUGAUAUUCCAGAAGGUUCCAUCUCGGGAGGGUCCUGGGCAGGAUUCAAUCGUGCCGGAUCUGUAGAUUCAGAUGAUGGAGGAAGCCGGCUCGGCAUCUCUCGAGAAAGUUCAAGGGAAGACCUAAGGGAGGCUUUGAAAGAGGAUGCCGCUGAACGAAGAUCUAUGUUUAGACAGAGAGCCGCUUCACUGGAGGAGAAACCUCGCUACUCCCAAAAAGUUCAAGACAUUGAGAACAAGUUCACCGAGGAGCUCCAGCGCAUUAAGAAGCUUGUUGGUAAACCUCACAUGAAGAAGUCGUUUUCAACUGAACAGCUCACUCUAAAGAGCAAGCAGCGCCUGCCUUUAAUGAAAAUUGAACCUAUUCCUCCACAAGUCCUUCAAAAGCUCCAAGAAAGGGAACGUGCCCAGUGGGCAAAGGAACAGAGGGCAACGGAACAUAAUCAGCAACCAAUGCAGCAACAACAUCAAACAUGGCAAGAACAGCAUAUGUCCCAACCCCAAAAGACAGCAAGCAGUGGUUCAACAACCGUAACAGUCAGUAGAUUUGGAGAAGUUGCAGGCACCCCAGAGUCCAUGCAGUUAUCCGACUUACCAGGACAACGAUCAGUGAGAGAAUUAAGUAGGGUCAGUCCAGUAACGGAAAUCGUUCAGAGGUCAUCAUCACCAGCAUUAUACCAUCAACAAAGGGAAGAUUCGCCAAGCAGGAAUGUUGCUGAGAUGACAUUAAGCAAGGUUGAACGAAGGCCACCAAGUCCGCUUGUGCAAAGGGUCUCCCGAAUGCAAGAAUCCCUGCACAUCCAAGAAUCUCUUUUGCAAACGUCACAAAAGGAUGAAACUUCGGGGAGGAAGACGCCAAUAGAAGUAGCACUAAGAAAAUUUGAAAACAGACCCGAAAGUCCACUGGUACAAAAAAGGGUGGUCAUUGUGCAAGAUCUUCCUCCUCAACCACCCUCAAAACCCCCAAGGAUGUCACCAGUCACCCCAACAGAGGAGAGAAUGGAAGUGGAUCAAUUUAAACCGGCCUCAAAGAUAAGAAUCCCCGUGAUUAUUGUUGAAGAUGAAAAGAUGGACGAGGAUGUUCAUGUGAAGACAAGUGAGCCUCAGCAGAUAACUGGUAGUGCCAAAGAGGGACGACAGCUGAAGGCCAAAGGAAAGAACCGUCGCCCUCGACCCUUGUCUCCAGAGUUAGAUUCGUCAGAUGAUUCUUAUGUUUCUGCUGAAGAAGACCCAAUGGAGGCCCCUGUAUUUGAGUUUCCCCUGCAAGACACCGUAGCAUCUGCUGGUGCCGAUGUGCUACUGAAAUGCAUCAUUGCCGGCACCCCAAUUCCUGAAGUUACCUGGAUGAGAGAAAACACAGAAAUCACCGGCAAUGCAAACUACGCAGUCAAAGUGGAGGGGGAACGACAUACUCUGCUCAUCAAAUCAGCUAGAAUAAGUGAUGGUGGAAAAUACUGCGUAACUGCUGUUAAUCAGGUGGGCAGGGCGUCCAGCAGUGCCACCCUUAUAGUCAAAGCAGAGUCUGUGCAGGAGCCAAAAGGGAACCUGGGUGUGCCCAGGGACAUCGGCAGCCCUAUUACAUCUGAUGAGGAGUAUCUCAGUCCCCUGGAGGAAAGCAUGGAUUUCGGAGGGCCUGAGCUCAAGCGAACUAUUGACACACGAUUCAGGAAACCCCCUGCAUUCCUGGUAACAAUGAGUGAUCAAGCUGUCAUUGAAGGACAGGAAGUCACCAUCGCUGUCCGAAUAAGUGGACAACCCAAACCCAUGCUCUAUUGGCUGCGGGACAGAGUUACGGUAAAAGCUGGCCCACAUCACGAUGUGCGGGAGACAGAAGACGGCACUUUUGAAAUGACCGUCAAGUCAGCACUGCGGUCAGACUCUGGGGUUUACACCUGUAAGAUCAUUAAUGAGUAUGGGACAAAGCAGUGUGAAGCAAAGUUGGAGGUAAAAGCGCCACCAGUUGAGCCGGGCCUGGCUGUCAUCCGCCCGGUCAGGGACAUCACAGCCAAGGCUGGAGAGACCGUUCUGUUUGAGUGUCAUGUCAUCGGACCGAAGGACACCGAUGUGGACUGGCUGGCAGACGGGAAACUGAUCCAGCCGGCGUUGCUCAACUGUAAAAUGCACUUCGAUGGAAGAAAGUGCCGGCUGCUGCUCAACUCCGUACACGAGGACGACAGUGGGACGUACGUGUGUAAGCUCAGCACAGCUAAAGAGGAGGUGACCUCAUGCGGCAAACUCAGAGUCAUCCCAUCAAUUGAGCCUCUCUUCACUCGCAAGCUGGACGUUCUAGAAGUGAUUGAGGGGCGCAACGCUCGAUUUGACUGCAAAGUCAGUGGGACGCCGUCUCCUAAGGUCGUCUGGAGCCACUUUGAUCAUCCGCUUAUAGAAAGUGAGGACAUUCGUGUUCUUCGGGAGGGCGGCCGCCACUCUCUUUUCAUUUCUCAUGUGACCAAUGAGGAUGAGGGAUUUUACACUGUCACGGCCCGCAACAGUCACGGCGAGGCAGAGAGCUCCGCCGAGCUUUACAUACAAGAACCACGGCCAGCCAUCUCCUCGCAGAUGGCUAAACUGGAGAAGAUGCCAUCGAUCCCAGAGGAGCCAGAGGUUCCGGAGAACGAGGUGGAGCGUUUCACUAUGCCUGACUUCAUCAAACCCCUUUAUGACCUGGAUGUGAUCGAGGGCAAGGAGGCUGUGCUCAAAUGUAAAGUAGCCGGCUUGCCCUACCCCACCAUCAUCUGGUUCCACAACGGCAAACGGAUUGAGAGCACCGAGGACAGAAAGAUGACGCAGUUUCGUGACGUCCACAGCCUGGUCAUCCGCUCCGUGUGCCACGCCCAUGGUGGCGUCUACAAGAGUGUCAUCUCAAACAAAGUUGGCAAAGCCACCUGCUAUGCUCAUCUCUAUGUUACAGAUAUCCUCCCAGACCCUCCUGAUGGGUGUCCAGUGAUAGAAUCCAUCACUGGUAAAACCAUCAACUUAAGCUGGAAGAAACCAAGGAGGCUGGACCCUUCCAUUGACCCCAGCUCCCUGAUGUAUGCCAUCCAACAACAAGCCCUGGGCUCCAUCCAGUGGACCAUCAUAGCUUCUGGCCUGAAGGAGACCACCUACACCAUCACCACCCUCUCCAAAGGCGUGCGCUAUGCUUUCAGGGUCCUGACCAUCACCUCCAAAGCCUUCAGCAAGCCCUCACCUACCACCGACCCGGUGCAGCUCCUGGACCGAGGUCCCUAUCUUCAGGAGGCUCCGGUGAUUAUUGAUAAGCCAGAUAUUGUACAUGUGAUGGAAAACCAGUCAGUCACCAUCACUGUCACCCUCAAUCAUGUCAACGCUGCAGUCCUCUGGAAGAGGAGAGGAGCGGUCCUCUCCAGCAAGCCAGGCCUGUACGAGAUGACUAUGCCAGACGAUGACCAGCAAACGCUGAAGCUGCUCAAAGUGAAGAGUGCUGACAUCGGAGAAAUGGUGUUCGUGGCAUCCAACAAGCACGGCAGCGACAGCUGCACCUUCAACGUGGAGAUGGCAGCACCGCCAACGUUUGAAACUAUCAUGGAGGACUUGGACGUGUGUGCAGGGGAGACCCCUUGCUUUGCUGUGGUUGUGGAGGGCAAACCCAUUCCCGAAAUUCUCUGGUUCAAGAACGACAUCCUGCUGUCGGAGAGCAGUCAUUACACAUUCGUGUAUGAUGAUAAUGAAUGUUCCCUGGUGGUCCUAAAUGCUCGUCCAGAAGACUCCGGGGUUUACACCUGCACUGCCAGGAACUUGGCAGGAUCUGUGUCCUGUAAAGCUGAGCUCACCAUUCAUGAUGCCAAACGUAAGGAAGAUCCAAUGGAUGAUGAGGAGACUAUUCUGAGGAAGAUGCGCAGACUGACUGACAACUAUGACAUUCACAAGGAAAUUGGAAGAGGUGCAUUUUCCUAUGUGAAACGUGUGACCCAGAAGGCCGGCAAAAUGGAGUAUGCUGCUAAGUUUGUCUCCACACGGGCCAAGAAGAAGGCAUCUGCCCGCAGAGAGAUGAACCUGCUCUCCAAGCUGGACCACGAGAGAAUCCUUUUCUUUCAGGAUGCCUUUGAGAAAAAGAAUACCGUCGUCAUCAUCACCGAAAUAUGCCACGAGGAGCUGCUUGACAGAUUUACAAGGAAAUCUAUAGUUAUGGAGUGUGAUGUACGUUCAUGUAUAAGACAACUGCUUGAGGGCGUGGACUACCUUCAUCAUCAACACAUUAUACACCUCGACAUUAAGCCUGAUAACAUCCUCAUGGCGGACUCCCACGGUGAUCAGAUACGAAUCUGUGACUUCGGCAACGCAGUGCAGAUCACACCCGAUGAGGCUCAAUACUGCAAAUAUGGCACACCGGAAUUUGUUGCACCAGAAAUUGUCAAUCAGACCCCUGUGUCAAAAGCGACGGACAUCUGGUCAAUUGGAGUCAUUGCAUAUCUGGGUCUGACAGGAGUUUCUCCAUUUGCUGGAGAGAAUGACCGCAGCUCCGUACUGAACAUCAGGAACUAUAAUGUUGCCUUCGAGGAGAGCAUGUUCGCUGACCUUUGCCAAGAGGCUAAAGGGUUCAUCAUAAAGCUGCUGGUAGCAGACAGGCUGAGACCUGAUACUCAAGGAUGUCUCCGUCACCCCUGGUUCAAGACACUUAGCAAGGGGAAGGCCAUAAGCACAGAGUCCUUGAGGAAGUUUGUGUCUCGCAGAAAAUGGCAGCGUUCACUAAUCAGCUAUAAAUCGAAAAUGGUCAUGAGGUCCAUACCUGAUUUGCUUAACGAUUCCUCCAGCCAUAUCUCCAUCGCCGUUCCCGGGCACCUUAAAGAAGGUUCACCUUUGCCGUCAUCAUCUUCAGAUUCGGAUGAAGACAUUGAUGAACUGCCAUUCAUUCCAAUGCCGCUUAACAUGGAAUUUUCUGGAUCAAGGAUGUCACUUAAUGACAUCCAGACAAAUGAGCAGGAAACAGGAAAGCAGGAUGGAACAAGUAAAUGGUCUGCGUCUCCUGUUCAAGCCCAGGAGGCUAUGGAGUGUGACCCUAAAGAAAUGGAUAAAGAAGGCGUCGAAUUAACCGCUAAAGGCCGCCUGCGGAAAAGGUCGUCACAGGACAAUGACAGGGGUUCCUCAGAUGAAGAACCACCAGCGGAAUUGUCGCAAAAGUCGCAGCUGACUAGAAAACCCCUGCGAAGGGGUUCAAGCAUGGAGUCAGACAAACCAGAGGGUGGACGACGGAGAGGAGAGCUAAGACGUGGAGGCUCCGCCGACAGUGCAUUGCUGCUCCGGAUUACACCCGAGGAAGGAGCUGGAGAAGCUAAUCAAGAGGGCGGAAAGAGAGUUCUCAAGAAAGCUGUCUCUAUGGAACUACCAAGAAGGAGCACCAGCCCAGGAACUGCCAAGAUGAGUCAAGAAGACUACGCUCUCAAACUGGAGCUGAUGCGACAGCGACUGCUUCGUGGUGGCUCUGUGGACAACAAGAUGAGUGGACUGAGGGGACCUCUGUUGGAAACAUUGGGAGCGGGAGAUGAAAAACGCUUCUCUCGUACUGCUCGUUUGGGCCCACCCCCACUAAUUAGAGCUGCAUCCAGCGAUUCUGCAAUGGAGGAAGUUCCCAAACCCAAAGUUUUGCGCAAAACUGCUUCUUUCAGUCAAGGUGAUUCAGAACCUAUAGCUUUACACCGCCGGUCAGGAGCUCCCUUGGAGAUUCCCUUGGCACGGGUAGAAGAGAGAAGGCUCAAGGAGGCCAUAUCUAUGUCAGCUCUUACUGAGCAAAUCAAGCUAGACUCCCGUCCGGUGACUCCCAGGGAACCUUCGCCAAGACCACCGACACCAGAGUCUGUUGUGCAGGAAAGUCUAACCAAAGCAGAAAGCGAGGAAUCAUUGAUGGAGAAAGAGAUAAAGCCUGAUGAGACUAUGAAUGAAAAGAUGGAAGGGCUGACUACAGAUAGUAAUUUUGAUGAGAGAUCGAGCACUAGUGGUUUCUCAGAGAAGGACAUGAGCAUAUCAGAAGAACCAAUGAUUGAAUCAGAGUAUACGGGCCAGAGAAUUCCUACACCUCCUCUUGUGGUCCAAAGCUCUGAACUAGAAGAGAAAAUGGACGAAGACGAAGGAGGAAAUGAGAAAGAUGAAAAAGAACAGAUUAUGAAAGAAGAAGAGGAAAGAAUAGUCAGUGAUGCUGAAUCAAAUGCUGAAGGACAUGUUGACGUUUCUGAAAAAAGUGCAGAAAAAGAAGUAGUUAUGCCUGCUCAAUCUUCUGAUAUGAUCAUAACCACAAACUCAGUCAUGGUGAGACCAACACAAGAAUAUUCCCGCCCAUCAGCAAAUGUUGUGUCAACUUAUGUGACACCCUCGCUUCCUGCUAAAGUUGUUCUUCCAGAUGGAAGGACUUCAGCAUAUGCAAGUAUUAUGCAGACCAUCAUGGUCCCUGCAGUUCAGCCUCUCAAUGACCAAGCUUUAGGCCCCUCUACACCCGUUGUAGCUCCAGCGAACUCGACCCCCUCAGUGUUAACUGAAACAUUUGCGCCCACAUCUCCAUUUGCCAGCAUGUCCUCUGCUUUACCUGGUCCACCAAAGCCAGCUACCACGUCAACCAAUGAGCACCCUGCUGUGUACUCCAGGGUAGCAUCGCCAGAAAUGAUGACAAAGGAACCCAGUCCACCAUGGACUACCACACAUUCCUCAUCCCAACAAGAGCUCUCAGCAGGAGUUGACUUUGAGGAUAUUACCUCUGAAGAGGUCUUUGAGGCCCGCUUCAAAAAACGUGAGUCUUCCCUCUCAAGAAGUCUUAAAUUUCUGUCACGGUCAAAGAAUGAGGACAAAUCCCAAGCGGCUUCAUCAGACUCAACAGAGUCAGGUGAAGACAUAUACAGACCUGGGCCAAUUGGUGCGCCAUUGGAAUUGGCACCAAGGAAACUUGAGGAGAAGUCGAAGUCAGUCCAGGAUCUUCGUGAAGCUCAAAAGGACCAAGGCUUUAUGAGAAGGCUCUCCAUGCGCCUGAAGCGAGCUUCGUCAACUGAGCGCAAGGACGAAACGACCAAAGAAGAAGAUACCGUUGGUUCAAGACAUAGACCUUCUUGGACUCUCGGCCUUAGAUGGUCACAGGACAAGAAGGAAGUGGAAAUGGAUGGUGGAGGUAAUUCAUUGGUGGAACAAGAUGAAAAGGAGCUUAAGAAACCUAAUGAAUCACCGGUCUUAGCAAUGCGCAGGAAGAUUGAAUCAACGGUGGCUGGGAUCUCCACAAGAAUCCGCAGCUACUCAGAGGAAAGGAAAGCAUCGGAGGACAAGGAAACCAAGAGGACACCCAUUCUUUCCAUGCUUCGUCGUGCGACAUCAGAGAGCCGUGCUACGAAGGUUGCAAGUGUUCCUCAGAACCAGCUGGCAUCUCAGGCCAGUAAUGGUGCCUCAUCAGAGUCUAUAGACUCCAUGUCCAGCCUAAAGUCAGAAACAUCAAAGGUUGUGGAGGGUGAGCGCAGAUCCCGCUGGGAUCGAUGGGGCCUAACCAGAGGGAGGCGAGACAAGACGGUAUCACAGCCUGACAUACCAACAGCAAUCUCCAGAGAAAAUAGUUCCCUACGUUCACGCCAGUACUCCAGAUUGGCUUCAGAUUUCGCUCCAGUAUUCCACAUCAAGCUGAGAGAUCACGUCCUGCUGGAGGGGGAUCCAGUCACACUCAGCUGUCUGCCAGCAGGCAGCCCCCACCCACACAUCACCUGGAUGAAAGAUAAGAAGCCCCUGGAGAUUGAUGCCAGGAUGAACAUGAUCGCCUGCCCUGAUGGCCGGCAGCUACUGAUGAUCAUGCGAACCACCAAAAAGGAUGCAGGGGUCUAUGAAUGUGUUGCUAAAAGCCCCCUGGCCGCAGUGUCCAGCUCUUGCACAAUAUCUCUUGCUCGUCUGCCUAAUCGUCCUGGGACCCCUGAAAUACCUCAGAAGUACAACAACACAGCCCUGGUAGUAUGGAGGCCCUCAGAUACCAUGGCCCCCUGCACAUACUCUCUGGAGAGGAGAGCAGAGGGUGAGACCAACUGGUUGAUCGUGGCUACAGGCGCGGCAGACUGUUAUUACAAUGUGGCUGACUUGCCAGCAGGGGGCUCCUUCAGGUUCAGGGUGGCAUGCGUCAAUAAAGCUGGCCAGGGCCCCUACAGCAACCUGUCAGAGCUAGUGAGCCUGAGUGCUCCAGAACCAGCUAAAUCCACUACUCCUGUAGUGGUGAAGACUGUCCCUGCAACUCUUCCUCCUGUCCCUGUGGUGAUGAUGUCGUCCAUGAAAGUGCCUCCCAUUAAACCAGCUCUGAGUAAAUCCGCUACGGUAACGCCUGUCCCGCCCUCAACUUCAGCUCCGGCUCCACCUGUGGCUAGCCCUGCUCCUGCAGUAACCGUCAAACCCACUGUGCAGGUCGAUGUUAGCCGCCCCGCUGUUACUCCGCCCGUUAGCACAGCUCCCUCGGGAAAAGCUCCCGUUCAGACGGCCGCAGCUGUCCAAGUCACGGCAGCCAAAGCCAAGACAACCAUUAACAUCAGCGUUGGCAAACCCCAAACCAAAUUGGGGCCUCCCCCCCCUGUCCCACCCAAACCUCGAAGUCCUGUAAAUGCAGUCCCUCAAAUAACCAACAAAUCUCCAUCUCCCGCACCAGCACCCGCGCCUGUCAUCGGUAAACCUAUUUCGUCUGUUCCGAUGUACGUGCCGGCUCUGACCGCGCGGGCUACUCCGCCUUCUCAAUCUAGUUCCACCCCGACAACCACCACCAUUACAGUCACUCCUGUGACUGUCUCAGUACCCGUGGCUGUCUCGCGGCCCGUGGUGGUGGUGGUGCAGAGCUUGACGCCACUUCUGCAGGUAGGGGACAGCCGGAGCAUCCCCUCCGGAUGGGUCACCCCGACCGGACGGGUCACGCCGUCAGGACGGGCCACACCUUCGGGCCGCAGGACGCCAUUGGGAAAGCCCGGAGAGGGAUCUCUGCGCCAGGGAGUUCCACAGAAGCCUUACACCUUCAUGGAUGAGAAAGCAAGGGGUCGGUUCGGUGUGAUCCGUGAGUGCCGGGAAAACGCCACAGGCAACCUCUUCAUGGCUAAGAUCGUUCCAUAUGAGGCAGACAGCAAGCAGAUGGUGCUGCAGGAGUACGACAUCCUCAAGUCCCUUCAUCACGACAGGAUCAUGGCUCUGCAUGAAGCUUACGUCACCCCGCGCUACCUGGUGCUCAUCUCCGAGUACUGCAGUGGGAAGGAGCUUCUCUUCAGCCUCAUAGACAGGUUCCGUUACUCAGAGGAUGAUGUGGUGACCUACAUUGUGCAGAUCCUCCAGGGUCUGGACUACCUCCACACCCGACGCAUCCUCCACCUGGACAUCAAGCCAGAGAACGUCGUCAUCACCUACAUGAACGUCAUCAAGAUCAUUGACUUCGGCAGCGCUCAGACUUACAACCCCCUCUUCCUCAAGCAGUUCAGCCCUCCUAUCGGAACACUGGAGUAUAUGUCUCCAGAGAUGUUGAAAGGGGAUGUUGUGGGUCCUCCAGCUGACAUCUGGAGCGUGGGCGUACUGACUUUCAUCAUGUUGAGCGGCAAGUCGCCUUUCAUUGAAAAUGAUCCUCAGGAGACGGAAGCCAGGAUCCAGGCGGCAAAGUUUGACGUCUCUAAGCUCUACCAGAAUGUGUCCCAAAGUGCCUCUCUGUUUCUUAAAAAGAUCCUCUGUAGCUACCCUUGGGCCCGUCCCUCCAUUAAGGACUGCUUCAAUAACUCCUGGCUUCAAGAUGCCUACCUGAUGCGCCUUCGCAGGCAGACGCUCACCUUUACAACUACCCGUCUCAAGGAAUUCUUGGCCGACCAGCAGCACAGGCGAGAGGAGGUGGCCACCAAGCACAAAGUCCUCCUGCGGUCUUACCAGAGCUCGCCACAAACCCCCACCAGCCCCGCCACGCCAACUGUGCCAGCUUCAGCCCCCACACCUGUCACCCAGUGAAAAAACAGGCUUCCAAACACCAGGUGUCCGGACUUAACGGGCGUGGAGGAACAUCCUCGGAGCGAGACAAGACUUUGGGCCGUGAGGUGGGGUGGUCCCUUCAGGUUUGAGUUGUUGAACGUAGUCGGGCGAAAAAACAAACAAAAAAAAACACACUCAAGAAACCAGCAGUGGCUGUGGUCUACGGAGACGUCACUUCUUUUUCUUUUGUUGUUCUUAAAGUGAAUCUAAAAGAACGAUUUCACGCUUAAGGGAACUCUUACAAAGUUACAAGAGCCUGAGUAUUUUUUUACAUGGCGGACCUUGUUCAUACAAGGCAGGAUGUCCUCUUCAAGUUAGUACCUCAAGGUUUGUAACUUUGCAUACAUUUUUGGAUAAACUACUUCCUUUCUUACUGUCAACUCUCCAAUGAUUCGAGGGAAUGCAUUAUCAGUACGCUGUAGUAACCCUCCACGGAAGGCCUAAAACUGCUGUAGUAGAGUUUUGAUGUUAAAAAACAUAGUUAUUCACGAGAUUCCAAAAUGAUGAGUACUGCACAAUUUUAAAACAAGGAGGGCAGAAACAAUUGUUGCCUUUUCCACAGCAACACUCUGCUUUAUCCGUCUGUAGUUUCAUAUUCAAAUGUGUCCUGACCAGAUGUUCAUUCUACGAUGAUCCACACCCUUAAUCCAACUUGUUUGUGCUACAGUACCAGAGUUUUUGUAGCAUUUCAAUGAUUGUCAAGAUUGUAGCAGUUCCAGUUACUUCUUUUUGUUCUGAGUUUUUUUUAAAUAUAGAGUUCGGGGGAGACAUCGGAGGAUUCUCUACAAGGGCUAAUAGAAAAGGACUCUUACAAUUAUCACAAAUUUCCUCCCCAACGUUACUUAACAUAGUAAUGACAAGUAAUGAUCCGCUCAUUCUCAAAAUCACAAUUUUGUUUUGGAAUUUGUUAUUAGAUCACCAUUUCUGCUCCACAUGACAAUGUGCACAGCACCAGUGGCUCCACGCAGGACGGUCACUGUGAUUGGUGGUUGGCAGGCACUAGCUCCUUCAACACCAGUAAGCUAACAGCCAGCACAUUGGCUUCCAGUUCAGCUUCCACUCAGCCCAGUGUGAAGGAUCCACUGGCUCUCAUCUCUGAGUUGACUAAAAAGACGUUUGCCGAGUCAAGUGAGUCCGCGUGUUCCUAGAACACUGAAUCACGUUAGAAACCCACUGAUGAUACUGGGGCGCCUCCAUGUGCCCUUAACCUGUUAGCAUGGACCGACAGAAGCAGAGACGGGUCGUUGAUGUUCAUGAUCAGUGCUCGAGAUCUAUUCUUUAUGUAAAGAGCGGAGGUAGGCACCGUGACGUAACCCUUUGGUUUGUGGACUAGUUUUGAAGCCACAAGUUCCUGUCACACAUGACAGCAACACCUAUGGCUCUGCACUUAGGAUUUGUUAGCAACAAAAAUAAAGAAUAACACCAUCAUUUAACCUUGUCUCUGAAUAAUGUGUAAGUGCAGAUUAGCUGUAGUGACAUGACUUAUAUUACCCUGUACAUAGUAGAUCAAAUACAGAACUCGCUGCAGUGAUGAUGUACCUGCUAAUUAUCCCAAUAUUGCAAGAAAGCAACCUCUUUUGUUUUCUGCCUUAGGAAACAUUUUUGUUACACAUUUAUUAUGUUUGAAUGGAUUUACACACACGAUGAGUCGCUUAGCUCCAGCAGCAUGGGGGUACUCAGGUAUGUUAGUGCUUGGCUGUGUGUCAGGAUAAGGUGUAGCCAAAUGAUUUCAGUUGUUCCUGGCUGUCACUGCCACGACGGAUCCCAGAUGUUGAUGCUGUUCCAAGCCACCUGCUCAUACCCCCCUCACCAGCCCACCUGAUGUGGUUGCAUGAGGUACUUUAUCCAGAGUCAAGCUACUCAUGCAUGAGCGGAAGCGUUUAUACUCUGUGCGCUGUUUCGUUGCAUUAUUCUCCGAAACGCCAGAGGGCAUACAAACUAAAUUAAUUGUAAAAAAAAAAUGGACAACAAGUGUAACUCAGAUAUGCCAUAGACUGUAAUAACCUGCAAAAUGCAUUAAACCGACCUCCACAAUGGCGAAAGAGAUUGUAAUGAUCGGUAACCUCUUAUCUCAUAAUCAUGGACUCUACUUUACUGCCUUUGUACAAGACCUGUAAAGAAGUCAAGUAUUACAUGCAUUAUAAAGAAACAAAGGUUGAAUAUCUUGUAAACAAUUUCAUUUGGCUGCAAAAUAUUUACUCAAAUAAAGAUUUUUAAGAUCUCCUGUCUCCAAAGCAUUUAAAAGUGAAUUGGCCUUCUUUGUAUAACGGCUAGACAUGUAAAUAGUGUUUUUAUCAGCAAACUGCGGGCCUCGCACCGGCUUCACAGGGCUGAGUAUAAACUAAGCUUCAGUGUAUUACCUGCAUUCAUUUUACACUGUUAGCGCUGUUAACUUCCAGCCGCCGGCUCAGCCGUUGCCAUGUUGAGAGCUGUGGGGAGGCACUAGACACACUCUGAAUAUUUUAUGUAGCACCGUUUUCAAUGAUGCUGGUUUGACAGAAAUUAUUAUUUAAUAUAUAUAUAAAAAUGAGACAAAAAGGACAGUUACCUCUCGUCCACUCUGUGAGGUGAGAGCCUGGUAGACAUGGAAGACGAUGCCAAAAUUGUACGCAGGUGCGUUUCUAGGAUUCAAAGAAAGGGGGGGCUUAGCCCCAAGGGGAGCGUGUCAUGUUUGCGCGCGUGGGGGCCUAUUUGGGGCCUCGAAAAUCCAUUGUUUCAGACAGUUCAUAGAUUGGUUCAAUCAGAGAGUGUGAUUUUGAAAUGGAAGGCACCCAAUGCAUUCACUAUAAUCAAGUCAAACUAGGAUUACAAUGUACAGAGAAAAACACUACAGGACUAGAUCCGGACAGGACUUUCCGCUUUGACAUGAUUUUAAUCAGUCUGAAGUAGGGCUGGUCGGUAUACCGGUUCAACCGGUAUACCGGUUUUAAUUUCCCGUAUGAUAUGAAUUUU